AUGCUGCAGAAUCGACAAGCUCUUUUUCAAAUUGCCCAAAGGACCAUAUGUACUGCUUCAUGCAGACAGUUUGAAAAUAAAGUUUCAGAGAAACAGAAGCUAUGUCCACAGAAUCAUAAGAUUCCAAUGCAUCUACAGGGUGGAGCAGCUCAUGCCCUCCUGUAUAGAGCCACCAUGGUUGUUACAGUCUGUGGAAUAGCAUUCGCCAUAUAUCAGCCAUAUAUGGCUUCAUUUCCCAAGAAGCAGGAUUGA